CAACAUCUCCGUUAGCCUUUUGUUUCUCGCUGGCAAUAAAGUUGUAUCGAAUCAUAAAUUAAGCGCGUUUAAUUCGACAGUAACUGCAGAUACAUAACCAGAAACAUCCACAAAUCCGUGUAGGCCCACGAACUAGAUGCCCCUCCUCGUAACAGACCACUCAUGGACGCAGACAGAGUCCAUGGUUUUCAUCAGCGUGCCUCUGAAAGGGGCCAAGAAGGUAGACAUUAUGUCGUCCGACGAGUACCUGAAGGUUCAUUUCCCACCAUUUCUGUUGGAAGUGUUCCCUUCGGAGCUUGUUGAUGAUGACCAAAGCUCAGCAAAGAUUGGAAAUGGUGUCGCAAUCAUCAAUUUGUCAAAGAGGACCAACAAACUGUGGGAGCACCUAUCAAUAAGCACAUAUGAUAAAGAGAAAAAAAAGGAAAUCCGUGAGCGAGCACUGUCAAAUAUGCAGGAAAAGCUUGCUGCCCAGGCCAAAAACAGAUCAGAGAAAAGGCAGAAUGAGAAGAGAUAUACUGUGAAAACAAUGAUGAAUAUUGAAAGUGAAGAAAAAGACAGGAUCCAGAAAAUGAAGGAUGCUGAACGAGAGAGAACCACAGCUGAACUGGAGGCAUGGCAGCUGAAGGAGAAGAAAAAAGCUGACGAAGAAGCUCGACUCAAACUGCAAAGUCGGAGCAACCAUUUAAACAAAGCAAAAAGUGUAAAACACACUCGUGAAAACGGAGGAUCGGAUGAGAGAAAGGUCAUAUUUGAUAAAAGAGAUGUCCGUGAAGCUGAGAGAAAGAAAAAGCAAGUGGAUCUUCCUGCUCCAAGAGUUUCAGGAAACAUUCAGGUCUCAUUCACUCCUCGAGUUUUCCCCACGGCUCUCAGAGAGUCACGAGUUGAGGAGGAAGAAGAGUGGCUGAAAAAGCAAGCAGAGGCCAGGCGUGUCAUCAAUGCAGAUAUAGAAGAGCUGGAAGACUUAAGAGAGGAGGAGAGGAAUCCCGACUGGUUGAAGGAGAAAGGCAACAAAUGUUUUGCAGCUGGAAACUACUUGAGUGCUUUAAAUGCCUACAACCUGGCUAUUAGACUCAACAGGAAGAUCCCAGCUUUGUAUUCAAAUCGAGCUGCAUGUCAUCUCAAGUUACGCAACUUUCAUAAAGCCAUUGAGGACUCCUCUCAGGCUCUUGAACUGCUGACUCCAGCCGUUUGUGCCAAUGCGGCUGCCCGAGCGAGAGCUCACGUGCGUCGAGGCUCUGCUUUCUGCCAGCUGCAGCUCUAUGCGGAAGGACUACAAGAGUACCAAACUGCUUUAAGGAUUGAGCCAAACAACGAAUCUCUGCAGGCAGACACUCAAAAAAUUAGGGACAUCAUACAAGGCAGUGCAGAAUAGGCUGACUGUGGCAAAGUGAAAGCUGUCAGGCUUAGGAUAAGCAGUUCAAAUAAUGGAUGGAUGAAGUUUUAUUUAUUUCAGUAGUUCAUUUCAAAAGGUCAAACUCAUUACACUCACCAGUUUCACUGACACAUCAGUUAAUCAAAUUUGAAAAUUCUUCUCAGAAGUCAAAUUCUUCCCUUAUUUCUCUAUUUAAAAAGUUUUGAUUUGAAUAGAGUGUUCUUAUUUCUUGACAUGGUGCUUGAAUCAUCCAAAUU